AUGACUGAAUACAAACUAGUUGUUGUGGGCGCUGGUGGUGUCGGGAAAUCGGCACUAACAAUCCAGCUUAUACAAAAUCAUUUCGUUGACGAAUAUGAUCCCACAAUUGAAGACUCAUACCGUAAACAAGUUGUAAUAGAUGGAGAGACUUGCUUAUUAGAUAUCUUAGAUACAGCAGGCCAAGAAGAAUACAGUGCUAUGAGGGACCAGUAUAUGCGAACAGGAGAAGGUUUUCUCUUAGUUUUUGCUGUUAACUCUGCCAAAAGCUUUGAAGAUAUUGGUACAUACAGGGAGCAAAUAAAGAGAGUUAAGGAUGCAGAAGAAGUGCCAAUGGUUCUUGUUGGAAAUAAAUGUGACUUGUCUGCCUGGGCUGUAGAUAUGGCUCAAGCUCGUGAGGUUGCCAAACAGUAUGGCAUUCCAUUUGUGGAAACUUCAGCUAAAACAAGGAUGGGAGUUGAUGAUGCCUUUUACACAUUAGUGAGGGAGAUUCGCAAAGAUAAAGCAAGCAGGGGCAAGCACAAGUCUCCGAAAAUGGGCAUACACGGUCGUGUGCCUUUUAAGUUUCGCUGUACCAUUCUCUAAGCUCAGCUCAUGACCACAUGCAGCCAAGAAGCAUUGUUGAAGUGUGAUAGUGUAAUUUGCAUGUUUCACUUUAAACUUUACACUUACUGUUCAUUGGAAUUAUAAUUUUUUAUUAGCAGGCUUGUUAAGGUGGUGCCCUUUUAUGAACAAAUUUGAAUAGUGAGACAUUACAAUAGCUGUAAAAAUUCCAAUUCUUUCUUUAUUUCCUUAUAAAUACAUGUAACAGCAAUGAAAAUUUUGAACUAAAAGUCAUAAUUUAGUUGUAAUUAAAAAUGAAUAUUGUAGUUAUUGUACCAUAAUUUGGGGUAGUAUUGAAAUAGGGAUGUUAUUUAAUAGAAACAAUUGGAUACAUUUGUUUUGGCAUAUCAAUUGGAAUAUCAAAAAUGAAAGUAGUAUUGUAAGGAAGGAAUGUGUACAAAAUCCAACAAGUUAGUUAUUUUUAUUAGUCCUUUAGUCUUAUAUGCCUUAAAAUUAACUCUUGAUAUGUAUUCAGUGGUUGAAAACUGUAGCUUUUUUACGCACAUACGGUGUAUAGCUAUUUUGGAACAGAUAUUAAAAAUCGAUAUUAUUAAAAAUAAGAUUAAGAUUUAAUUGCACAAAUUGAAUUUUAAUUAGAAUAAAAGUACGAUAUGGGGUUUUCCCAAGAAAUCAAAGGACUAAGGUAUGAAAAUGGCGUCCAUAACAGUAAGUGUUUUUAUUGCUCUAUACUUAUUUUAAUUUUAUUCGUAGCAUUUAAGAUCAUACCAAUUUUUUUUGUAUUUUCCCAUUAUUAUUAAUAUAUGUACAUCAUAUUGAACGAAACAAAGUACCAAUUUUUUUUUAUUUAGAUUAUAGAUGUAAGAAGAACAUAUUUCAGAAUCUGAGUGGUACUUUCAUUCGUUCAAUAGUACAAUCGAACUUCUGCAACUCGAACUUUUAUAACUCGAAAUCUUCCCUAACUCGAAUAUUUUUUUGACAUAAAUACAGUUUUACUUUUAUUCUAAACUCUUUAACUCGAAUUUUUUUAACUGAAAAAUCUGUAAUUCGAGGGCGAACUUUACAUUUAUGAAUUGUUUAAUUUGGAACAAUCACAAGCGUAAAUAACUAAAGUAGGAUUGCAUGUUUUAAUUUUGAAUAGUCAGUGGCUGAUUUCUAUUUUUCAGUUUACAGUGUGAUUAAAAAGUUAACGGUGUGUUUACAACAUGCCUUCGAAACGAAAAUUAAAAUGUUUGGCAAUAAAAUACAAGUUUCCUUAAACUCGAAUUUUCUCUAACUCGAACAUAAGUGGUUGCAUUAAGGAGGUUCGAGUGAGAGAUGUUUGACUGUAUAGCGACAAUAACGGGAAAAUACAAAAAAUGCAUAAAUUAUUGUGUUUAACUACUGGAAUGAAUUAUUGGAUUAGUAUAAGCAACAACAAAAAAAAAAUUAGGUAAAGUACUAUGUCACUGUUGUUGGAGCUGUUUUCAUACUCCUAUCGGUCCUAGUCCUUUAAAAUGAUUAUGUAAUACAGGGUGUUUGCCAAUUGGAGUUUUCUAAAUUGAACAGUGAGACCAAACGAAUUUAAUGAAAUUAAUAUAAACUUGGAACAUUUUUCUAUAAAUUGAGUAUUUCACUAAAAUAUCAACGAUAAAAGACGAUUACUGAGCAUUUAAUUUAAUUAAAAAACAGAAGAGAAAAAAUUAGCUUAAAAGAGUCCAUCCAAGAAGGCGUAUAUUCUUUUUCGUUUGGAAUCAUAGGUGUAGUAAACUAACGUUCUGCGUUUUCAAAUUAUUCUGUAAAAUACUUUAAUAUUGAAAAUAAGCUAUAUAUGCUUUUCAAGAUGUCCGUAACUUUUUAUGCUUUAAUUUAACAAUCAUAGUAUUAAAGUGGUUAUGCAAAAAAGUCGGUAAUUCGAGAUAUUUAGUAAGAAAAUCACCGAACGUUUAUUUCUACAAUUUAUAAAAUUGGAAUAGUUACGUUUUUAUUACUUAUGAUUAGUUACUUUAAGAUUAAGUGCAACGAAAAGAAAUUUAAUGCAGUGUUGUAUCCUACUUAAUAAACCAUAUACAGGGCGAGUCUUUUAUCUUGAGGUAAUAAAAUAUCUUGUUAGAUUCUCAUUAUUUCAAAAAGUUUUAGAGUUGGUGACCUUGAUUUUAACUUUAAUCCUUAAACUUCGAAGAGGUCAUGUACAGGUCAAACUUUUUUUUUAAUGGGAACGCCUACUUUGUACCACAGCAAUGGAAAUAACGAAAAAUUUUGCAAUCGGAAAUACUUUUGCAGUUAAUUUGCUCUUAAUCUUUUUUUAUUUAUGAGAAACUACGAAUAAUCAAAUAUCCGAAAUAUCUCGAAUUAAUCUCAUUACUUCAAAAAAAGUUGUAUCGUUUUUCAAAGGGGCAAUCGACAAUUGACCUUAAUUGAUUUGAUUGAACUCGAGCAUAGUUUUUAGUGGGAAUGCCUUUUUUUGGCCCUAACAAUGGAAAAAGCGGGAAAAUUUAAAGUCAAGAAUAUUCUUGAGUUGAUUUGCCCUUAAUUUUCCUACAGAUAUUUAUAGAACAAUCAAUAACGGUAUUUCCGAUUACAAAAUUUCCCCUUUUUCCACUGCCGGGGUUAAAAAUAUGCAUUCCCAUUAAAAAAUGAUUUGACACUCAAAUGACAUUGAAGGGGAAGGUUGAAAUUGGAUAUUAGAUAUUCUUAAUGCAUAUCUCAUAAAUGUGGACUGAAAAAUUAAUAGUAAAUCAACUUCAAGUUUGUGCUCUUCCCACUGCUGGGAUCAAAGAUAUGCAGCUGGUCUCCUAUUGACUCACCCUGUAUACUUUAAAUAAUUCUAUUUUCACAAGGAACUAAGUCAUUUUGUUUUAUAAAAAUGUAUUGAAAAAAUUAUGUUCAUUUAUCGACUCUAUUUACGUAGCACUUCUUUGAACUGAACGACAGCUGUUUUAUAGUUUAAGAAAGGCUAAUAAUAAUUCAAAUAAACAUAAAAUUCAUCUACAGUGCCUUCUAUGCAUAAAACUAGACAAACUUGUCAAAAUUUUGUCUUUUUUAAUUCCAGAUUGCAUUGCUUUAUUAAAAUUAAUUUAUUUUAAUUCAUACUUUAUACUUUUUUAAUAGCAAUAUAUCUAUAUCUGAAAAUUGCUACGUAAAUAGUGAUAUACCUAUAACAUUCAUGAUUAGAUAUGAAACGCUUCUAAAUUUCUUGUAUAUUACAUAUUAUCUACAAUAUACAAUAAGAUUUUUACUAAUAUAGUCGUAAUUUUUUGCCUUUUUGAAUAUACUGAAUAACGUGUAACUACCUUAGUUAUAGACUAUCGUCUUAAUACUAAAUAUAUAUAAAAUUCAACUUU